AUGUCGAGAUUCGUGUCAGCGGGGGCUAUCAACGCCGAAACGGGCGAAGCCGUAACCCAAGACCCAACCACCACAACCUCAUCAACUCCAAAUGCCGGUACUGCCGCCGCCGCCGCCGCCGUAUCAGCCCCCAAAUCCGCCGCCGAAUCCAAAAAGAGCGCCGAGUGGGAAAUCGUACAGAAAGAACUCGACGCCGAGCGCAAGAGGAGGGAGGAGGCGCGGGUGAAGUCCGUCGAGGGCGGGGAGAAGAGUUUGUAUGACGUCUUGCAGGCGAAUAAAGCCGCGAAACAGGCUGCUUUUGAAGAGGCGAAUAAGAUUAGGAACCAGUUCCGCGCGCUGGACGAUGAUGAGAUUGAUUUCUUGGAUGAGGUUAGGGCGAAUAAGAGGGCUGAGGAGGAGAAGGGCCCGAAGAGGUUGCUUGGUGAUGGGGGUGGGGGUGGGGAGGAGAGGGUUGAGAGGACGGAUGAGAAGGGUGGUGAGGGUGAGGGCGGCGAUGGGGAGUGGGCUGUUGGGCCUAGGAAGAGACGGAGGAAGGAGAGGGAGAGGGGGUUUGGGGUGAAGAGGGAGAAGGGGGAUGAGAAUAAGGUGGAUGAGGAGAAGAAGGCGGAUGAGAAGAAGAAGGCGAGUGAGAAGGCUGAUGCUGAGAAGGGAGCUGUGAAGGAGAGUUCGACUGGACCUGCGGCUACACCUGCGUCUGCACCUGCGCCAGUGAAGGUGAAGCCGAGUCUUGUUGCGUACGGAUCCGAUUCGGAUGAUGAGUAA